AUGCUCACCUUGAGGAACAGCUUAUACGUUGCCUCUCUCUGUACGCUCGCCCUCGGCAAUCCACUCGCCCGUAGCCUUCAACUGCAAGAGUCCCGCUCAACAAUCCCUGUGGGAUUUACGCGCGUUGGUGAGGCAGAUGCGUCCACCGUGCUGAACCUUCGUCUCGGGCUCGUCAGCAACAAUGUAGACGGGCUCAUUGAGACGUUGUACGAUGUCAGCACGCCCUCCAGCCUCCAUUAUGGCCAGCAUCUCUCGAGGCCCGAGGCGGUGGCCUACCUUGCACCUACGUCCGAGACCACUGCUACCGUCAAUGCCUGGUUGAGCGAGAACAACCUGGCAGCACGCACUCUCAACAACGCAGGGGACUGGCUUGCCAUCUCUCUGCCAGUCUCACAGGCCAACGAACUUUUCGGUGCUGACUUCUCGACCUUCACGCACGACGAAACCGGCGCUCAGAGCAUUCGCACUCUCGCGUACUCCAUCCCCACCGAUCUCGUCGGCCACCUGCAGCUUGUCCACCCUACAACGACCUUCACGCCCCCGUCAGCGAAGCUUCCCCUAACGAAACAGCGGUACACCGGCUCUUUGAAGAAGCGCCAAUCUGCGUGUAGCAGCUACAUAGACCCCGAUUGCUUGCAGGAGAUUUACGGGAUCCCUGCGACGCCGAUGACGAACUCCAACCCGCUCGUCGUGACAGGAUAUGACAAUCAGUGGCCCAGCACUUCUGACAUGAGCAAUUUCCUAACAAACUUUCGUCCCGACAUCGAUUCUUCCACUACGUGGUCGACUUGGGGCCUUGACAAUGGCACUUGGGAUCCGAGCCAGCCCGGCGACGAAGCGGCAUGUCUUGACUGUAUCCUACCGAAGAUUGCUGACCUCGAUGUUGAGUACACUGUCGGUGUCGCCACCAACGCCGAAGUGUAUUUCCUUUCUGUUGGCAGCGAUACCGACGACGGGGUAUUCGGGUUCCUGGAUACCGCAACCGCUGUGCUUGAUUCGUGGAGCGAUACGUAUGUCAUGACUACUUCGUACGGCUCAAACGAGGAUUCCAUCUCCACGGAUGUCUUUAGCAAACUGUGCGAUGAGUACGCGGCGCUCGGUUCGGCUGGCAUCACUGUGCUAUUUGCCUCCGGUGAUGGCGGUGUGUCUGGUUUGCAGAGCGGAUCGUGCACGGACUUCGUGCCCACGUUCCCCGCAGGCUGCCCCUACCUGACCUCUGUGGGAGGAACGACAAGUUACAGCCCAGAGACUGCUGCCUCCCUAUCUGGAGGCGGCUUCUCCAACGUCUUCUCCACACCGUCCUUCCAGUCUGCAGAUGUCUCCGCCUACCUCGCAACCCUCGGAAGCACCUACAGCGGGCUAUUCAACCCCAAUGGGCGAGGCUUUCCCGAUGUCGCUGCCCAGGCGGAGAACGUCAUCAUUGCAUGGCAAGGCGAUUUCUACACGGUCGGCGGGACGAGCUGCGCGAGCCCCAUCUUCGCCAGUGUCAUCUCCCUCCUGAACGAUGAGCUCUUGAACGCGGGCCAGAGCAGGCUCGGGUGGCUGAACCCGUGGUUGUACGCGAAUCCGGGAGCGUUAUAUGAUAUCACGAGCGGUGACAACCCUGGGUGCGGCACCAAUGGUUUUUCUGCGACGACUGGGUGGGAUCCGGUCACUGGCCUCGGAUCCCCAAAUUAUGCAGCGUUGAGGUCAGCAGCGGGCCUGUGA